GAUCUCUGUCGAAAAUCCCUCUUCUCCAUCUCAGUUCCCCCUUCCUCUUCUUCAUAUUCUUCUCCUCCUCCUCCUCCCAAUCUUAACAAAAGAGGGAAAAUCAUCAACUCCUUUUUCAAAUUUCUCCCAUAAUUAACAGAUCCACAUUUCAAGGAACCCCAGAACCUUACCAUAUUCAACUCUUCUUCUUCUCAUAUGACUCGAUAACAAUUUCUCCAAUCUUCAACUCAAUCUCGUUUCAUUUCUAAAGACAGAGAGAGAGUGAAAUCGAAGAUGCUGGAAAGGUGGUUCGGACCGAACAAAGCCCGUCAGAUACAGAGAGGAAUCCGUCAUGGUAAGAUCACUGUACUCUGUUUAUUCAUGACUGUUCUUGUUCUUCGUGGUACGAUUGGUGCUGGUAAAUUCGGUACACCAGAACAAGAUUUUCUUGAGAUUCGUGAUCAUCUUUACUCGCGUAAGCGGGCCGAGCCUCACCGUGUGCUAACUGAAAUCUCAGAAACAGAUAAAAAAGCCGAUACCAAUACUAAUAGUUAUGUUGCAUUUGAUCCGAUGAAAUUAGCUGUUGAUGAAGAAGAUGAUGGACCAAAGCGUGAUCCAAAUGAACCUUAUAGUUUAGGACCUAAAAUUACUGAUUGGGAUGAACAAAGGGGUAGAUGGUUGGAAAAGAAUCCUAGUUUUCCUAAUUAUGUUUUACCUAAUAAACCUAGGGUUUUAUUAGUUACUGGAUCGUCUCCAAAACCUUGUGAGAAUCCUGUUGGUGAUCAUUACUUGUUGAAAUCCAUUAAGAAUAAGAUUGAUUACUGUCGGUUACAUGGUAUUGAAGUGUUUUAUAAUUUUGCGCUUUUAGAUGCUGAAAUGGCUGGGUUUUGGGCUAAACUUCCAUUGAUUAGGAAAUUGUUGUUGUCUCAUCCUGAAGUUGAGUUUUUAUGGUGGAUGGAUAGUGAUGCUAUGUUUACUGAUAUGGCGUUUGAGAUCCCGUGGGAAAGGUAUAGAGAACAUAACUUUGUGAUGCAUGGUUGGAAGGAAAUGGUGUAUGAUGAGAAGAAUUGGAUUGGGUUGAACACUGGUAGUUUUCUGCUGAGGAAUUGCCAGUGGACACUUGAUCUUUUGGAUGCUUGGGCACCUAUGGGACCGAAAGGGAAGGUUAGAGAUGAUGCUGGGAAGAUUCUUACUAGGGAACUUAAGAAUCGGCCUGUUUUCGAAGCUGAUGAUCAGUCUGCAAUGAUUUUUAUCUUGGCGACGCAAAGAGAGAAAUGGGGCGACAAGGUUUAUCUUGAGAAUCACUAUUACCUGCAUGGUUACUGGGGGAUUUUGGUUGACAAUUAUGAAGAGUAUAUUGAGAAGUAUCAUCCUGGUUUAGGUGACCAUCGAUGGCCUCUUGUUACUCAUUUUGUGGGUUGUAAGCCUUGUGGAAAGUUUGGUGAUUAUUCAGUUGAGAGAUGCUUGACUCAAAUGGACAGGGCAUUUAACUUUGGGGAUAAUCAGAUUUUGCAGAUGUAUGGGUUUACUCAUCAAACUCUAUCGAGUAGAAAAGUGAAGAGGAUUCGAAACGAAACAGAUGCACCAUUGGAAGUCAAAGAUGAACUCGGUUUGCUUCAUCCUCCGUUCAAAGCUAUCAGAGUCGUACCUUCUUCUUGAUAAUAAUCUUAUUAUCAGAAGCCAAGCAUUGUCUAUUGCUUAUCAUUUUGUUGUAUUAAAGUGUUGUUCAAUGCUUAUUUGUGUUGUGUUCAGUAAUGCUGAUAAAAAUUGUAUUCAUUUACUUAUGUUAUCAGAAGUUUCAAUUAUAGGCAAUUACUUGAGAAAACGAUCCAUUUCUAUGUUUAGUGAAAUGGCGCAGUUUUACUGUAAUCUGAACUCAAAAUGAAUGAACCGCAUGAAAUUGGUUUCACA